AUGAUGCAUUUAUCGAAUAUAUCUUGUUUGGAUUUAGAAAAUGACGAUUUUGUAGAAUAUAUUGAAAGAUUUGACAAUUUUCUACUGGCUAAUGACAUAGAAGAUGCUGAAAAACAAAAAGCUGUAUUUUUAUCAACCAUAGGAGGACCUGCUUAUAAACUUAUCCGAAGUUUAUGUGAAAAUGACACAAAGAAUAAGAGUUUUACUCAAAUAGUUAAACUAAUGAAGGACCAUUUGAAACCGAUACCAAACUCCAUUGCACAGCGUUUUCAAUUUUAUAAAAGAGAUAGAAAAGAUGAAGAAUCUGUAAGCGGGUAUAUUACUGAAUUACGUAGACUAUCUGAACACUGUGAGUUUGGUGAAAACUUGAAUGAUUAUUUAAGGGACAGGUUCGUUUGUGGAUUAAAUAAUGAAAAUGUGCAACAAAAAUUAUUAACCAUAAAAAAUCUAACGUUGGAGACAACACUUGACACAGCGAGAGCAUAUGAGACAGCAUAUAAAGAUACCAAAGCUAUACGUACAAAAGAAAGCUUUAUAGAGCAAGAUGAAUUGCAUAAAGUAGAAAUUCGGACAAAAUCAGAAGAAAGUAAAGAAUGUUUUCGUUGUGGGUUUAGGGGUCAUCAAGCAAACAGUUGUAAUUAUCGUUAUUUAAAAUGUCAUACAUGUGGAAAGAUAGGGCACAUAAAGAGAAAGUGCAGAUCAGAAAAGAAAGAGUUAGAUCAUAGGAAGGAAAAGAAAUUAGGUGUGAAGAAAAUUGGGAUUCAAGAUGAAUCAGAAAAAGGAUGUACUGCUGAAACAGAGGGAAAUAAAGAUGAUUUUCUAGCUAUAUAUUCAAUAAGUGAAGAGUCCGAUAAAGUGACUGGACCAGUUAUGGUUAACGUAAAAAUUAAUGGAAGUGAGGUUUCUAUGGAAGUGGAUACAGGGGCAGCUGUCUCUGUAAUGGGGAUCUCAGCUUACAAAAGAAUAAAGAAGAAUGAAGGAAAAUUACAAAAUUCUGGUGUUGUUUUGAAAACCUACACAGGAGAGCUGAUUAGACCAGAGGGAAUAGGGUUGGUUGAAGUAGUGUAUAAUGGACAAUGUUGUAAGUUACCUAUAACUGUAGUAAAAGGAAAUGUGCCCACAUUAAUGGGUAGAGACUGGAUGCAGCGUUUAAAUCUGCAAUGGUUAGAACUGUUUAAAAGAAUGAGAGGAAUUAAUUUUUGUGAUAAGGUUGAUUCAAAAGUGAAGACAUUAGUAGAAAAAUACCCAGAAGUAUUUAGUGAUCGUUUAGGGACUAGAAUUGAACAAGAACUUGAUCGCUUAGAAGACCAAGGAGUUUGGAGGAAAGUCCAGUAUUCUAAAUGGGCAGCCCCUAUAGUGCCUGUUUUAAAGAAUUCUAAGGAUCCUACUGGUCCAUUAAGAAUAUGUGGAGAUUAUAAGAUUACAGUAAAUCAAGCAGCUCCAGUUGACAAUUAUCCAAUACCGAAUAUCACUGAUCAGUUAGCCACUAUUGCAGGAGGAGAGAGAUACACCAAGCUUGAUUUGUCUCAAGCUUAUCAACAAUUGGAGUUAGAUGAAACUUCGCGAGAGUUUUUAACUAUAAAUACUCACCAAGGGUUGUAUCAGCCGACUCGUCUUCAAUUUGGUGUACAUAGUGCGACUGGCAUCUUUCAAAGGGAGAUGGACAGGAGGCUGGGCAGACUGUCAUUUGUAAAAGUGCGAGUAGAUGACAUACUUAUAUCUGGGAAAACUGAUGCUGAGCAUCUGAACAACUUAGAAUCUGUUUUAAAAAUUUUGAAAGAAUCAGGACUGACGCUAAAAGUAUCUAAGUGCUCAUUCAUGCAACCUGAGGUGGAGUUUUGUGGAUUUAUAAUUAGUCAGAAAGGUUGUAAACCAACAGCACGGAAUGUGGAAGCAGUAAUGAAUGCGCCUCGACCCACGAACAUCAAGGAGUUGAGGGGAUUUUUAGGAAUGGCCAACUAUUACAAUGCCUACAUACCCAGGAUGGCUUCCAUCACAGAGCCUCUCCAUAAUUUGUUAAGGAAGAACGUAAGUUGGGAAUGGAAUAGAAGCAGUGAACAAGCCUUUGAAAGCGUAAAAACUAUAUUGUGCAAUGCACCUUUAUUAGCUCACUUUGACCCAUCAAGGAAAAUCGUGGUUCACUGUGACGCCAGUCCAUAUGGCGUAGGAGCCGUUUUGAGUCAACAACAGUAUGAUGGAAGUGAAAAACCUGUCAGUUUUGCUUCAAGAACAUUAAAUAUGGCAGAGCGAAAUUAUGCACAAAUUGAAAAGGAAGGAUUAGCAUUAGUUUUUGCUGUAAAAAAAUUUCAUCAGUUCUUAUUUGGACAAAAAUUUACAUUGUAUACAGAUCAUAAGCCCCUAUUAGGACUAUUUUCAGAAAGCAAAGAACUUCCUACAAGAGCUGCUGCUAGAGUGUUACGCUGGGCUUUGCUAUUGUCAGCUUAUGAUUACCAAUUACUAUAUUGUCCUGGCGAAAAGAAUGCAACUGCAGAUGGUCUAAGCCGUUUACCUUUAGAUGUAUCAAAGGAAAAGUCAAGGUUAAAAACCAAAGAGGUGGCUAUGUUGGAACUAGUAAAAACCCCAAUUACAGAAAAACAGUUAAGAGGAGCUACCCAAAACGAUCCAAUAUUAGGAGUGGUACUGAAUAGAGUGUUAGAGGGAGGGUUGACGAUGGAGCCGAGUAAGGUGGAGAUGAAACCAUUUGCAUUAAGGUUUUCUGAGUUAUCAACGAAAGGAGGUUGUUUACUGUGGGGAAGAAGAGUGAUAGUGCCAAGUGUCUUAAGAGAAACGGUACUUGAGGAAUUACAUGAGGUGCAUCCUGGAAUAAGUAGAAUGAAGGCUUUAGCAAGAAGUUAUGUUUGGUGGCCUGGAAUUGACACAGAAAUAGAGGAUAAAGUAAAGAAUUGUGAGACAUGUCAAAGAAGUCAGAAGAAUCCAUUAACCUGGUCUCAUCCUUGGGAAUAUCCAAGUAGACCAUGGGAGCGACUACAUAUCGAUCAUGCAGGCCCAAUGAAUGGAAAAUAUAUUUGGUAG